AUGCUCGACCAAAUUGUGUGGUGCACAAGAGCAUUCUACCUCUUCAGCAUCGCUGUCAUCCUCGUUGUGCGUCUGAUCCCUGGACUCAAAAAUCGAUUCUUAUCCUACGGAGCGCGAGACUCUGGAGGAGGACACGGACAGGUACAGGAAGCAGGGAUACACGGCAAUGGCACAACAGGGUCCAGAUCCAGACUGUCGUCUUUGUCCUUGUUACCUUCUCAAGUUCUCGACCACGUCAUGAGCUGGAAAGUGCCGCAUUCAUGGUUCAUUCACUUCUAUAUUUUAUCGGUGGUACUGUCGACGACGACGAUAAUAGCAGCAUCCUUACGAUCAAACGAUCCGCAGCAUGCUCUGAGCUCCCGGACCAUGAACAUGAACGCGAACAUUGAGAACAUGGAGGACAUGACAACGUCAGCACCGUCAUAUCUGUUCUGUUCAAUCUUGAUGCUCAUCCAGGGAAGUCGUCGACUGCUGGAAUGUAUGAACAAGAACAAGAAAAAGGACGAGGACAAGGACAAAACGACCACAAACACGACCUCGAGACCAGCCACUUCUCAAAUGUGGAUAGGUCACUACGCCAUCGGCCUGGCAUUCUACUUUUUCACCAACCUUGGAAUUUUCGUCGAGGGUGUAGCAAAACACCAGCAGCAGCGGCUUCUUCAGCCUCCACCGUCACCACCACCACCAGCAGUACAAAUCCCACGAGGUUUCUUAUCCUUCCUCACGACGCCCAAAACAUUCGUCUGCACCUCCGUCUUUCUCUACACUUCGUACAAGCAAAACAAAUACCACCGCCACCUGGCGAGCCUGAAAAAAUACACACUCCCAGACACCGGCAUCUUCCGGACCAUCGUCGCGCCUCACUACACUGCCGAAUGCGGCAUCUAUCUCUCCCUGGCCCUCCUGCAGGCUCGGGACGAGCGCGGGGGCACCAACUGGUCGCUGAUUGCCGCCUUGCUGUUCGUCACGGUCAACCUGGGCGUCACGGCGGAUGGGACCAGGCGGUGGAUGAUGGCCAAGUUUCCCGAACGGAGGAGGGAAGUCGAGGCUCGUUGGCGGAUGAUCCCAGCUGUAUGGUAG